AUGUCCUCUUGCAAGCCUUCGGCCACACCCGUCGACACCAAAGCUAAGUUGAGCUCCACUUCCGGCCCUCCUAUUGAUGAUCCCACAUUAUAUCGUAGUCUUUCCGGCGCUCUUCAAUAUCUCACUUUUACUCGCCCGGAUAUCUCGUAUGUCGAGCAACAAAUCUGUUUAUAUAUGCACGACCCACGGCAAGAACACAUGCAUGAUGUUCGACGCAUAUUGCGGUACCUUCAGGGUACCUUAUCUCACGGCCUUCACCUCUAUGCUUCUCCCACAAGCAGCCUAAUCUCAUACUCUGAUGCGGAUUGGGGUGGCUGCCCCGACACACGCCGCUCAACCUCGGGUUAUUGCGUGUUUCUUGGUGACAACUUGAUCUCUUGGUCUGCCAAACGUCAACCCAUUAUCUCCAAGUCAAGUGCGGAGGCCGAGUAUCGGGGUGUCGCAAAUGUCGUCGCCGAAUCAUGUUGGCUUCGCAACCUUCUUCUCGAACUCCACUGCCCAAUCAAGAAAGCUACGGUUGUGUAUUGUGACAAUGUUAGUGCCGCCUAUCUCUCCGGCAACCCGGUUCAACAUCAAAGGACCAAACACAUUGAAAUGGACAUCCAUUUUGUUCGUGAAAAGGUUGCUCUCGGUCAAGUUCGUGUUCUUCAUGUUCCUUCUUGA